AUGGCAUUUUUACCGUUUCUUCUAACAUAUUUGGUCUAUUUCACAUGUUGUAACAUACUACAGUCAGAUAGUAAUACUCUUUCAGGGAUUUGUGAUAAUAUCGUAUCGUCCCUCCAAAUCCUCAAUAAAAGAGGUAUUCUAAAAAUGGUUAAUAAAGAAAGGUGUAAAGAUUAUGAGCUGCUGGGAGAAAGGAUCCUCAGUAUGUCUAACAAAAGCGAUAAAUAUUGCUAUAAGGGAGUACAAUUUCUCUUAUGUAACCUGAAAUAUCAACCAUACGAAUCUAACUUUAAUUGCGAACACAUAAAAGAUAAAUUCAUUAAAAUUGUAAAAUCUUGCUCAUUUGAUGCUCCUAACGUUCUGGAUAAAAACUGCUCUGGGAUAAACUCGGAAAAUUUAAGCAUUUUCAACCCACUGGAGUUUUGCAGAACAAACUAUGUACUGUUAAAUGGUGAAAAACAGACUCAAUUUGAUCCCGUGGAACACGAAUACUGUUCGAAAAUUGUUGAAAGCUAUAACCUAUGCCAAUACUAUUCAAGGAGACUGAAUUUAAGAAAUUACUGUUUAGAUGGUGGAUUUCAAAACUAUUGCACUCAUUACAUUAAACGUUAG